AAACUACAGUACUAACAAAAUUAGCCUUAACUAGAUUUUUCUAGUGUUUUUCAUGGUGUUUCAAUCAAAUCUGAUAUUCAUUUUCGUCGAAGAUGGUCUGUUAUGGAAAUAUGACCAACAAUUUUGAUUGCACAAAGUGGGCAGGGCUUUGAAGUAGAGAGAAAUCGUGGAGAAGACCAAACCUAACCUUACCUUGAUUAUCAGUUGUUGGAGGAUAAAGUGAUGCUGCUUGCAGUGGAUCCCAUGCAUGUAAGCCAGAGCCUGAGGGUGUGGAAGAGUAUAAAACAGGUGAAGCCUGCAGCAUCUCUGGUGCUGACCACUCACUUGAGGCAAAGACAGUUACCACACUGGACGUCAUAUUUUGUAAAGUACAAAGAUGUUACCAGUGAUCAAAGAGGAUACUCACACUUUAACUGGGAGGUUGAUGGGGUCAACUACCACAUAUUAAGAACAGGGUGUUGGCCAUACAUCAAGUACCAUUGCUCAAAGAGGCCAUACGAAGAUCUCUCAGUAGACGAUAGAUUUUUCCGUGUCAUAAAAGUUAUUAAUCUAGGUAUUCCCUGCUUAGCAUAUGGGUGUGCUGCCUCCAUGCUUAUCAGCUGUCAAGAGGAGAUACACACACCCCAUGGCCCAGUUACAAUAUAUUUCCUUUAUGAAGAGGACAGAAAUGCCAUGCAUUAAUUAGUGGUGAC